CUGAGUUCAUUCUUGCUGGAUUAACAGAUCGUCCAGAGUUCCGGCAACCCCUCUUUUUCCUGUUUCUAGUGAUCUACAUUGUCACCAUGUUGUGGAAGAUGUCUCUGUGUGAGGAAGCUGGGUGAAGUGUCCAAGGGAAUCUACGUAUACUUUUGCCACUUCUUGUGAUUCUAAUAAUUUUAAAAUAAAAAGGUAAGGGAGAAGAAGAUUCUUUGACUACAUGUGGUCAACGUAGAUACCUUCACCACCAGUUCUACCUCCAGGGCAGUGGAGGUGAAACACAUAUCAAUGGUCAGCACUGAGUUCUCUGAGUGGAAGGAAGAUUUUUGAAGACAAAAAAUGCUGGCUAGAAACAACUCCUUAGUGACUGAAUUUAUUCUUGCUGGAUUAACAGAUCGUCCAGAGUUCCGGCAACCCUUCUUUUUCCUGUUCCUAGUGAUCUACGUUGUCACCAUGGUAGGCAACCUUGGCUUGAUCACUCUUAUCGGUCUAAAUUCUCACCUCCACACACCAAUGUACUAUUUCCUCUUCAAUCUCUCCUUCAUUGAUCUCUGUUACUCCUCUGUUUUCACUCCCAAAAUGCUAAUGAACUUUGUGUCAAAAAAGAAUAUUAUCUCCUAUGUUGGGUGCAUGACUCGGCUGUUUUUCUUUCUCUUUUUCGUCAUCUCUGAAUGUUACAUGUUGACCUCAAUGGCAUAUGAUCGCUAUGUGGCCAUCUGUAAUCCAUUGCUGUAUAAGGUCACCAUGUCCCAUCAGGUCUGUUCUAUGCUCACCUUUGCUGCUUACAUAACGGGAUUGGCUGGAGCCACAGCCCACACCGGGUGCAUGCUUAGACUCACCUUCUGCAGUGCUAAUAUCAUCAACCAUUACUUGUGUGACAUACCCCCCCUCCUCCAGCUUUCCUGCACCAGCACCUAUGUCAACGAGGUGGUUGUUCUCAUUGUUGUGGGUACUAAUAUCACGGUACCCAGUUUUACCAUCCUCAUUUCUUAUGUUUUCAUUGUCACUAGCAUUCUUCAUAUCAAAUCCACUCAAGGAAGAUCAAAAGCCUUCAGUACUUGUAGCUCUCAUGUCAUUGCUCUGUCUCUGUUUUUUGGGUCAGUGGCAUUCAUGUAUAUUAAAUAUUCUUCUGGAUCUAUGGAGCAGGGAAAAGUUUCUUCUGUUUUCUACACUAAUGUGGUGCCCAUGCUCAAUCCUCUCAUCUACAGUUUGAGGAACAAGGAUGUCAAAGUUGCACUGAGGAAAGGUCUGAUUAAAAUUCAGAGAAGAAAUAUAUUCUAAUUAGAAGCAGUAAUGAUGUAAAACAAUUGAAGGGCUUCAAAUUUUUAUUAGUGUUUUUCAUGAAGAGAUUUUGUUGUUUCUACAGAUGGUGUUAUGUGUGAUUUAAUAAACUUGUCUUAUCAUUUCUCUUAUGAGAUCAUCUUGUGUCUUCUUUUUUGUUAUUGCAUCUGUGGCACUUCUCGCAAUAUUACUAAAGAGGUCAUGUCAUAUUUGUAAAGGGAACAUAUGCACUGAUAUUUUUCUUCAUCAUUUUCUACCUUUCCUCUCUCCUGGGCUAUUCUUAAUUGGAAAAAUGUGGUAAAUUUCAUGAAUUAUAAAAAUGUCAAAGUCAUGGCUUUCUCACCUAAACACAGAAGUGCCAAAUAUGAUAGAAGCAUUCUUAUUUUUAUCAACAUUGUUGCAGAUAUAGGCAGCUGGAUUUGAUGAAAUAUAUCCACUACAAAUGGUAGGUAAUUUAAAGCAGAAUCAGUUCCCCUUGAUCUUGUCCUUUUGUUCUAUGUUGUCACCAUUUUGCCUUUUAUUAUUCUGACUUUUCUUGUUCCCUUUGAGAAUGGCAAAAUUUGUACCACAUGCCGUUUGCUUUUGAGAACCUCUAUCAUUCCAGUCCAUUUGAUACAGCAGAGAAUAUGUGUAUCUCCACCUUUUAUUGCCAAAGGCAGCAUUAACAGAGGAUGAUUAGAGAAAUAAUACAUGUGCACCUCAGGAUUCCAGUAAGGGGGAAUAUAGUUUACAUUAUAAAACCUCAUUCAUUACUGUCUAAAACAGCACUGAAAAUUUUGAAAAAAAGCAUGUAGUUCCUACUGUAAAUGUUAUUUUUUACUCAUUAUAGGUAAAUACUGCACAUUGUUAGUAGAAAUAUUUUAUACAACAUUUUCCUUAUCCAGUGUGGUUUAUCAUAAGGAAUGUAUAUUAAUGUUAAUAAACUAUAUUUCUACAAAUAUUUUGUGAGCCUACUUAAACUUUAUCUCACCAAUAAGACAUGAAACACAUUUUAUAUAAAGGUUGUCACCCAGAUAGGAGUGCAGUGAUUCGAUCAUAGCUUACUGCAGCCUCCAACUCCCGGGCUCAAGUAAUUCUUCCACUUCAGCCUAUAGUUUAAGCUUUUUUGUGUGUGUAUGGUUUUGGUCCAUUUUUAGAUUAACUUUUGUGUACAGCAUGAGGUAGAGGACUUCUUCAGCAUCCUGUGUAGCUGGGAGUACAUGCACACACCAUCAUGCCUCCCUAAUUUUUAAAUAUUUGGAGAAAAAAAUUUAAAUCCUGGCCUCAAACAAUCUUCCUGCUUCAUCCUCCCAAAGUGCUGGGAUUACAGGUGUAAGCCACUGUGCCUGGCUGAAUUGGAGUACCUUGCUUCUUACACCAAUAAUAAAUGUAUUAUUUUAAUUAAUAAUUAAUAACAUACAAAAAUAAUGACAAUUAUAAAUCUGAACAGCUUUGGGGUUUAAUUUAUAUUUUUGGAGGUGGAGUGUGGUAGUCUCAGAGAAGAACAGCUCAGCUCCCCAUGAAGAGACCCAUCAGUGGGGUGCAUAGCUGACUGAAAGUCUAUAGUUGCACUGCUUUGGAUCCACAAUGGUGUUUAGGCAGAGUCCAUUCUUACUCUGAGAUGCCCUCCACCAAUGACUCAGCAGGGUGGGUGGGACUUAAAGAGAGCUGGCAAUUUCCAUCUAACAUGUCUUUUCUGAUAGGAAAUCUUUGUUUAGAGACUUCCUAUCCUCCUGACCAAGACUUUUUAGAACUGCUCUAUGGUCUGAGAUUUUCCUACCCGAUCUUUCCAUUUUUUUCUCCUUUCGUAGGUGACUUUCAUCCUGGUCUAAGGCCUUCAUCGCUGACUCUGGCUCCCUCCAGUUUUAUCCUUAAUAGGCAUUUAUAACAAAAUAUGUGUUGCAAGUCUUAUCAUUUCUUGACAUCUCCUACUUAAGGGACCCUAAAUGACAAAGAAGACUUACAUUAGCUGAUUUUAAAAAUUAGUAUAAGGCCGUGACAAUCAAGGCAGAUUGGUUUUGUUAUAAAGUCAGGUGAACAAGUCCAUGGGAUAGAAUAGAGACUCACGCCUGUAAUCCCAGCACUUUGGAAGGCCAAGGUGGGUGGAUAACCUCAGGUCAGGAGUUCAAGACUAGCCUGGCCAACAUGGUGAAACCCUGUCUCCACUAAAAAUACAAAAAUUAGAUGCGUGUGGUGGCACACACCUGUAAUACCAGAUACAUGGGAGGCUGAGGCAGGAGGAUCACUUGAACCUGGGAGGUGGAGGUGGCAGGGAGGUGAGAUCACAACACUGCACUCCAGCCUGGGUGACAGAGUGAGACUGUGUCUAAAAAAAAAGUAAAUAAAAAAAUAUGAAGUUGAAUCUACAUGACGGCAUGUACUGAGAAGAGAUUAAAAAAAAAAAAGGGUAAGAAUAUAUAAAGAAAUAAGAAAAAAUAUAUGGAAUUAUAGGAAAAAAAGACAAACAAUUACAGUACUUGAUGAAUUUUUUGUGAAUAGUGUUUAAAAAUAGGCUUAAUAAUGUAACAGAGGAAUACUGUUACAACCGAAUUUAUAAUUAUAAUCCUAUUGGUAGGAAUUGGUACUGGGGGCCAGGAAGAGGAGGUGUGUGUGUGUUUUCAGUGGUGGUGAUAGACCUGAAAGGUCCAAAUUCUCACCUUUAAGGAGUCUAAGUUAGAAAACCAUUAGAGUAAUCCAAAUUUGAGAUGAAGAGGGACUGUGAAAGCUGUAGAAUUGAGAGAAAGUCCAGAUCAUUCAAAGAGGUGGAUUCUCUGGGACUUGGAGACUGGAAGAGAUAGUAAGGGAGAAGGAGGUGCUUAAGUUUACUUUGUGGAUUAUAUGCCCAGACGGUGGUAAAAAUAAUUUAUAAAAUGAUGACCUGAGAAGGAGCAGCCCUGGGAAGCCUAAGAAAACACUGAAUUCAAUUUGGAGCACUUUGAACUUGAGACACAUAAAUAGACAUAAAGUAGAACUUUCCGAAAAACAGUUAUGGCAGAAGUCCAGGCUAUACAGACAGAGCAGCGAUUCUCAAAUAUGGGCAAUGUUGCUCCCCAGGUGAUGUCCGACAAUGGAGAAUAUUUUGAUUUAAUGAUUGGUGUGUCUGUAUGGUGGGGGGAUUAUCACUGGCAUCUAAUGGGUAAGGUCAGGGAUGCUGUGCUAUGAGUCCUGUGCUACACAGGACAGCCCCACAACCAAAACUUAUGCAAAAUGUAAAAAGUACCAAGAUCAAUAAAUCCUGAUUUUUAUAUAUAUGGAUGAGUAACAGGGGCAGGGGUGCCAACACCUAUCAGGUUCUUAUUAUGUGUCACGCACAUUUCUAACACUUUAUGUGAAUUAACUCAUGUAAUUCCCACAAAACGCUAUGAGAUAGCUUUUUAAAAUUAGCCUUAGUUUGUAGAUAUGCAUAGGUUAUAUAGAUACAAAUAUACAUACAUAAGGGGCAGAGAAGUUCUAUCACUUGUCUGAGGUCUCAGAGAAAGUUAAGAAGCCUGGAUGUAAACUCAGCCUGACUUGAGGGCCUGCUCCCAUUCCCUCAACCAUUUUGCUACAUCUCUAUUGAGGUGGAAUCCACAAGCAUGUAUAGUGUUAAGGGUAUGAUCCAACACAAUCCAGGGGUCUUGUAGGAAGGUAGCAGAAAUGGCAAGUGACUGUGCCCUGGACAUUUCCCCUGUAGAAUUGUGCAUAGACUCCAGGGAAUGAUUACAAAGGGAGGAGCUCGUCCUUCUGCAGUGGGGAUUAGGACUUCUUGAUGCCAAAUUAUGAACUGAGUGGAACACUGAGUCCCAAAGGAGCCAAUGUUGGAUCUGUGACACAGGUUGUAAACACAGGUUUGGUAAUAUCUACCCUUGAGGGGCUCAUUAAACUUGGGAGGAAAUCAUAAAACAGAUAAUAAUUUUUUGUGCUUCUAAUCAACUUUCCCAGAACUAUGCGACAUGAAAUAGAUUUUUAUUUGAGUCAUCUGACUUUAGGAGGCUCCUAUAAGGUGGUUGUUUUCCUGCAUGCAGGAGGAGAGAACCGUCUGGGAAAAUUCUCAGACAGAUAUUAUGGCAUAUUCCCUAGAAUACCUCUUCUAGCAUGUUGAAGAUGGAGGUCUGUGCUGUUGGCAAUUACCUCCUUCAUCAUCAGCAACUUUG